GCGAGCCGGUGACGCGAAUCUGAUCACGUGGGACGGGGCGGUGACGCGGUUCUGAUCACGUGAGGCGGGCCGGUGACGCGGUUCUGAUCACGUGAGGCGGGCCGGUGCGCAGCCGCCGGGAGCAAGAUACAGUUGGUUAUGGGCAAAGAUCAUAGAUCUGUGGACGGGAGGAGCAGGGGGAGCUCAGGGUUUAGGAGCCGUUGCUGUGGAUGGAGAGACGGGGACAUGAGCGGCCAUUGAGGGCGGCCAGGGUGCCGGUGAGCCCCCCCCGUUCCAUCUGCUCGGUGUGCGGGCUGAGCUUCGAGGGGCUGAGCUUCGAUGGAGGACCACAUGACGGGGCACAACAAGGAGAAGCGUUAUGAGUGCGACGUGUGUGGCAAGGCCUGGCAGAAGCCGAGCCAGCUGGAGACCCACCGGCGGGUGCACACGGGAGAACGCCCCUUCGACUGCUCUGACUGCAGCAAGCGCUUCAAGACGGCGAAUGACCUGAAGGAGCACCAGCGUUUGCACACGGGCGAGAAGCCCUAUGGCUGCUCCAUCUGUGGCAAGAGCUUUGCCCAGCCGGCGGGCCUGUGGGAGCACCGGCGGGUACACAGCUGUGAGCGGCCCUUCACCUGCUCUGACUGCGGCAAAGUCUUCAAGUGGCCCACUAACCUGAAGGUGCACAGGCGCCUGCACACUGGGGAGCGGCCCUACACCUGCGGCGACUGUGGCAAGGGCUUCACCUGCUCCAGCCACUUGCUGAGGCACCAGCGCAGCCACACCGACGAGCGCCCCUUCAUCUGCGCCCAAUGUGGCAACGGUUUCACCCAGUCCUGUCACCUGCUGAGGCACCAGCACACCCACACCGGGGAGCGGCCCUACACCUGCACCCAGUGUGGCAAGGGCUUCACCCGCUCCAGCCACCUACUGAGGCACCAGCGCACCCACACAGUCGAGCACCCCUUCAUCUGCAACCAGGGCUUCAUCAACUCCUCCGGGCUACUGUCCCACCAGCAUAUGCACACCGGCGACCGUCCCGUCCCCAGCCCUGUGUGUGAAGAGCGCUUUGCCACGGCCUCCCACACCCUGUCUCACUAACGCAUGCACAGCAGUGGCCAACCCUACGACUGCCUGUACUGCGGGGAGGCGUUCGACAGCUCGCGGGAGUUGCGGCAGCUCCCACUGCGGCAAGCGUUUCAAGAGUGCACGGAGGCUGCGGGGGAACCAGCGGCUACACGCCGGAGAGAGACCCUUAGCGUGUGCUGAAUGUGGCAAGACUGGCAGCACUGGCGUACCCACAGCGGUGAGAGUCCCUUCCCCUGCCCGUCCUGUGAUAAGGGCUUCACCCACCUUGACCACCUGCUGGAGCACCGGCGAGUCCACACCGGCCAGCACCUCUUCACCUGCCCGCCCUGUGUCAAGGCCUUUGCCCGCUCCUCCAGCCUGCUGGCACAUUGCGACAUGGAUAGACAGGCGCUGUUUAGGUAGACACAAAAUGUUGGAUGGAAUGGGUUACUUUUCGGCUCGAGACCCUCUUCAGUCUCGGCACCCAUUCCUUCUCUCCAGAGAUAUCGCUGGGCUGAUGGGGCUGUUUCUAUGCUGGGUGACUAGUGUAGAUGGGACAUGUUGGCCGGUGUAGGCAGGUUGGGCUGAAGGGCCUGUUUCUGUGACUUGUGUAGAUGGGGCAUGUUGGGCGGAGUGGGCAAGUUGGGCUGAAGGGCCUGUUUCUGUGACUUGUGUAGAUGGGGCAUGUUGGGCGGAGUGGGCAAGUUGGGCUGAAGGGCCUGUUUCCGUGCUGGGUGGCUGUCUCAUUCAGUUCCGUUCAGUUUCGUAAAUGGGAGGUCAGAACCGCUCUAGUUGGUGAGAGGAUGGUUCAGUUGUCUGAUAACAGUCGGAAACUUGAGUGACUGACUUGACUUGACUUGAAAGAAACUCCACACUGCACUUCUGCAUAUUUCUCUCCCUCUCCCUCUCCCUCUCCCUCUCCCUCUCCCUCUCCCUCUCUC